AGGGAUCCAGCGCUGCACUGUGUCUUUAAGCUCCAGUGAAAUGCAGCGAGGAGAGUUGCAUCCUACAGGAUCAUUGUGUUUGUGCGCUCAUUACGGCGGAGGGACCUGCGCUGUGUGUUAAUAUAAAGAAGGGGAGACGGUGUAUUUGUUGUUGUUUGUUUUGUUUUUUUUAAACCACAGGAUGGUUAUUUUCGCUCUCGAAACGCAUGGAGUAGAGUAAAAGGCUUGAAAACCGCCCAAACAUGAGAUGCCUCUGGGAUGCCUUUACCUUAUAUUUUAUACUGCUGCCAACAGGGUGGUGCGAGCCAGUCAUCUCCCCCAGCGGGCCUCAUGUAGUAGUUCCCAAGAGGGGGAGGCUGGAGCUGCGUUGCCAUGACAACGCCACGACGUCUGGCACCCCGUCGAGCCUGAGGUGGCAGCGGGAUAGGGCUCGCAGGCUGGAGGGGGAGGCGGAGGAGGGCGGGGUUGCCUACGUCAGGAUGUCUUCGGUGCAGGCCUACCACAUGGGUCGCUACGUGUGCAUCAACAACAGCACGCUUGAACAUAGCUCCAUCUAUGUUUAUGUGAAAGACCCCCAGAAUGCAUUCCAGCGCACCAUGGUGAACAACAUCCUGGUGCGCGCGGGUGAUAACUGCACCAUUCCCUGUCUCGUCACCGACCCUCAGGUCAACCACUUGACUUUGGACACCUGCGACGGACGGCCUUUGCCCUCUGGCAUGACUUACCAUAGCAACCUCCAAAGAGGCGUCAUCAUCAGCAACGUGAGGAAGGAGUAUGAGGGCUGUUACAUCUGUGUGGGACAACUCGCUGGAGUCCAAGUGAUGUCAAGCAAAUACACUGUGGAUGUGCGACUUGUGCCAGAGGUGACUCCGCUGGUGACUCUGUCCCAGAAAGACAGCGUCAUCCUGAAGAAAGGAGAGCAGUUUGGGAUUACCUGCAGCUCCACAAACAUAAACCUGGAGUUCAGCCUCAAGUGGGAUUUCCCUUCGGCAGCGCAUCCUAAUGAAUCAAACGCCUCACACAUGCUGCCUGGUUCCCGUGGUUAUCAACGCGCCACCUCACUCUUGAUCCCAGCCGUCAACCAAUCAGACUCUGGGACUUAUCGCUGCCAUGCCCACAACGAGAGAGGCUCCAGCUCCACAGCGCUGCAGCUGGAUGUCUGCGAGCUGGGCUUCAUCACCAUGUUAGGAUCCCAGAGUCCGGUCCAGGCUGACGUCAAAGAGGGCGAGAGCCUGAGCCUCAGAGUGGAGUUUGAUGCCUAUCCAGCUCCGAGUUCUCUGUCCUGGUCGUACAACGACAAGAAGCUGCUCAACACUACAGAGCAUGUCAUCACCAUCCACCGACGCAAAUACAGAUACAUCAGCGAGCUCAGACUCGUGAGGGUCCUCGGCUCGGAGGGCGGGAUCUACAAGUUCUCAGCCAAUCACAAGGACGCGUCCGUGGAACAUUCAUUCCACGUUUAUGUCAACAGUAAGCCAGUUAUCGUUGCCCAGGAAGGCCCUGUUGAUGGACAGGUGCGGUGCGUUGCUGCAGGAUACCCCGUCCCUAAAAUCAGCUGGUUCUUCUGUGAGCUGCCCCACACAAGGUGCUCACAUCUGCCCAAUGCCACCCACUGGGAGACUCCGGAGGUGAUCACUGUGACAGAGUCCGCCUUUGGUAGGAGCGAGGUGGAGAGCCGACUGAACGUGAGCAAGGAGCACGCACACUACCACACCCUGGAGUGUGUGGCGAGGACGGAAGGGGAAGAGGCCUACACUCUGUUCUCCAUCAGUGAGCGUCUCGUCCCUCACAAGCUUUUCACUCCUCUUCUCAACUGCAUGGUGGCCACUGGCAUCGGUCUCAGCCUCAUUCUGGUGGUGCUGCUCUAUAAAUACAUGAAGAAACCAAAGUUCCAAAUCCAGUGGAAGGUGAUUGACAGUAUCCAUGGCAACAACUACAUAUAUAUUGACCCCACCCAGCUGCCGUAUGACUCCAAAUGGGAGUUCCCUCGACAGAAGCUUCGCUUUGGUAAAGUCCUUGGCUCUGGGGCUUUCGGAAAGGUAGUGAGGGCCACAGCAUACGGACUCUGCUCUGCAGAUACUGUAACGACCGUCGCUGUUAAGAUGCUCAAACCCAACGCUCAUGCUACGGAGAAGGAAGCGCUGAUGUCAGAGCUGAAGGUGCUCAGUUACCUCGGAAACCACGUCAACAUCGUUAACCUGCUGGGGGCCUGCACCGUCGGAGGCCCAAUUUUGGUGAUCACCGAGUACUGUUGCUAUGGAGACCUCCUCAACUUCCUGCGCAGAAAGAGAGAGUCCUUCCUAAACUCCCAGGUUGGCGAUGGUUACUAUCGCAACGUCUCGAACCAAGCUGAGCCUCCAAGCAGAGAUAUGACUGGCACAGGAUAUAUGACCAUGCGUCCCUCUGAGAAAGAAAGGUGCUCCCAGUCAGAUGACAAAGACGAGCUCUCUCUGGACGCCGAAGACCUCCUCAGCUUCUCCUACCAGGUGGCCAAAGGGAUGGAGUACAUCACUUCCAAGAACUGUAUCCACAGGGAUCUUGCAGCCAGAAACAUCCUGCUGACUCACGGCAGGGUGGCUAAGAUCUGUGACUUUGGGUUGGCACGAGAUAUCACCACCGACGCCAGCUAUGUGCUCCGAGGCAAUGCUCGUCUGCCCGUCAAGUGGAUGUCUCCUGAGAGUAUUUUCGACUGCAUCUACACCUACGAGAGCGACGUUUGGUCCUACGGCAUCCUGCUCUGGGAAAUCUUCUCUCUGGGUAAUAGUCCGUACCCUGGGAUGCAGGUGGGCUCUGCAUUUUACAGGAUGAUUCAGGAGGGCCACAGGAUGAACAGGCCUGACUUUGCUCCUGUGGAAAUGUACGAUAUGAUGUUGUCCUGCUGGAACCACGAUCCUUUGAAGAGGCCGUCCUUCAGGAAACUGGUGGAGAGGACGGAGCUGCUGCUGUCGGAAAAUACUAAAAAUUUUUGUUGUCCUCAGGUGUACCUGAGACUGAGCAACAACACUGGUCAAGCAGAGCAGCAGAGGGCGCCAUCACGGAGGCUGAGCUCAGUCUGCAGCACGACAGCACCCACCCAGCCUUUACUGCAGAACACUGUUGACGUCUUCCAAGACUAUGUCUGAUCCAAACACACACACACACACAAAAACACACACGUAUACAAACAUAAACACUGCAAUGAAACACAACUUCCCCUACCUCCCUGAUCAUUCGCUCCUCGCACCGCGCAAAGUUCAAGAGCCAGGCCCACCCUGUAAACAACUAACAACACAUUCAGUCUAACUAACCUUCAGAUGCACACACACACACACACACACAAACACACACACAAACACACAGAUACUGUAAAUAAAGGACCCUGCACUGGGCUCUCAGUAUUGGCCUCUAUCUAAUCUCCCCGAUGGCGUAUUGAUCUCUGUGGUUGGUAUUUCAGGUGCACGUCUAUAUACAGCAGACUCCGGCACUAACAUCAGAUCUAACUGCACCCAUCAGCAGCAGCGCGAGGAGUUCUGGCUCACAUUCAGCCUUAGAUUACAUCUUCAAAUGCUUUGGGGAAAACACAGAAUACAAGGACGAGAACCUGACCUUGGGAUAAGGAUUAGAUAAAGAGAGUUGGUGUUGUGAUGAGUGCACUGCAACUGUUUUUUUUAUUGUUGUUUGUUUAUUUGUCAGAUUUGUUUUCCUUUGAAAGGUUUUCUUGGUUGGGAAAAACACUUAUAUGAAUUUUAUGUCUAGAUUUAAAUGAGAAGCUGGAGACCACCUACACAGUCUGUGCAUUAAGUAUGGAGCCAGAGCCAUUAGCUUUUCAGCCUAGCUAAGCAUAAAGAGUGGAAACAGUUAGCUCGUAUCUGUCAAUCUUUCAAAUGCUGCUUGACUGGUGACCUGAUUUGAACCCAACUUAACUGGUCCCCAUUUAAAAAUUCAUAUAUAGAGUACAUACUUAAGGUGGGAAAAGUUGGAGCUCAUGAGGUUAAAUGUAUGUUGGAGUAAUCCCAGGUUAAGUCUGCAGAGGGCGCUAAACAGCUUGUUCUGCAAAUCAUGCGAUAGUUCCUCGAUAUGAAACGGCGUCAAGCCUCUGCAGGUGGAGCCGUUGAAACCUCUCUGCCCUCCCCUGGCAGCCCUGCAGCGUUCUGUCUGCUCUGCGGGAAGGUUUACAGAGAGCUGGCCAAUCAGAAGAGAGUGGGCAUGUGUAGAGUGGGGCCUUAAAGAGACAGCAGCUUAAACGAACCGUUUCAGGCAGAGUCUGAAAUUUAGUUUUUUAACAGAUUCAUAUAAAAUAUAGAUCAGGAGUUUUUUGAGCUGCAAAUCCUGCAAAGCUACUCUAAAGGUUUCACAGACUGACAACAUGAAAGGUGAACAUGUGUAUGAAAUGGGAUCUUUAACUGGAUAAAGUGUGCAUCCACUGAUAUGGGGCACUGUCAGUCAAAAAACAACAUUGCAGCCCAUUCCAAAAAAAACCCACAUUGCCGAUUGGAUCAAAAGCCAAUGUGGAAAUCUGAAACCCAAACAAGUCCAAAAAAAAAAUGAAGGAAAUGAAACGAGGCCUAACUGCUCUGAAAAAGCGUCUCCCUUGAGUAGUAAAUUCAGUGACAGCUGGCCCUGUCCAUGGUGCUGAAUUGGCAGAGAACGGCUCCAAUUUCAAAAACAUGCAACAAAGUCUCUCACUCUGAGCACUUGUGAAGACCCCUAAUCAGCAUCGUGCAGUGAAAAAGUCCAGAACAUUUUGGCAGUUCCUGGUAAAACAACAGUUUUAUAGUAAAAAAAGCUAAGCUAACUGGUUAUGGUUGUACUUUCUAUUCAAUGUUACAGACACUAGAGCAGUAUCCCUCUUCUCAUGUAACCCUUGGCAUGAAAGCAAAAACAGUGUGUCUCCCCAACACAUCAGACUGUUACCUUUACACCUUAUUCAAGUCAUACGACAAACACAUGUUGAGGAGGAGCAGCACCCUCAAAUCUGGUUUUUAAAAGGCCUUGAAAACAGAAAACUCAUAAUACUUCUGAUUAGAGCCCGACCAGCCAAUAUUAGCAUAUCCAGUGACUAUCGGUGUCGCCUUAUUUUAUAUGUGCUGCUAUUACUAGAUUUAUUCACAAGCAGUUCUGUUUCACCAGUGGAGGGCGCUAUAUGGAUUAUAACAAGCACGUGUCAAGCGGUGAUGCCCGUCCAUGCUCAGUUACUUUCCAGUUCAGUGACAAUCUUGUCUGUCUUUUCCACAAGUGUAUUUGGGUUGCAUCUUCAUUUUAGGGAUCAACACAAUAAAUGUGUAUAUCUAUAUUUUGAUCUAUCUCUACAAUUUGAAAAUAGAUCUAAUAAAGCUAUCGGCCGAUAUAUCGGUAUCAGAUGUUUUUUCCCCUCCCCAAUAUCGGCAUCGGCUCCAAAAAUCCUGAAUCGGUCGGGCCCUACUCCUGAUGUCUGGUCAAAAUGAGCCCGAUAAAAGGUGGCAUGCAGACGAUCACUCCUUAUGAAAACUAAAGCCAUAUAUUGGGGAAGUGCUGAUUCACACCUGUAUCUAGUAGCUUUGAAUACUGUGACUUACAAAGACCGACUGGUGUAUUGUGGACGUUUGUUUUUUUUUAGGAUUAGCUUUGUUUUAGUUUAUUUCGUAAAGCCAGGACGGCCAAGUGUUUAUGGUGGAUUGUGUUGAUCUUUCUACUUGAUUUAUGUCGAACCUGUAUGCAAUGUAAAUACAAUAGAGAUGUGCCUUUAGAUUUUUUCAUAAUACUGAAUAUCAUUUGGUUUGUGACACGGUUAAUGCUUAGAGGGCAGCCAGCAGAGAGCUUGUGUUUGCUGGUUUUGAGGAUCAUGACGUUUUGAUACUGUUGGAUUGACUUGUUGUAAUAAUAAAGAAAGUACCUGUGAUGGUAAAACCGA